CAUCCGGAGUAACCACUUUUUAGUUGUUUAGAGCUCACGAUCGUCCUCUGCAUUGCAUCGUCCACAUUAUUUUUUAAGACGUCCUCUCCAACUCUUCAUUCCCUCCCGCAUUUAGAUCAACCCAAACCCAGAGAGAGAGAGAGAGAGAGGUUAUGGGGGAGAGGAAUUAAUCUUUGCCGACACCACACUGCAUCCCCUGCCUGAAGCAAGCAUGGCAUCCAGCACUUCUUUCAAGCCCGCGGGCAUAUUAGCUGUCCCGGACGGGUAGAGUCACAGAGGGGAGAGAGAGAGGGGGGGGGGGGGGGGGAGAGGAUUGGCCAAUGGCCAUGGUGGUCGCCAUGGUCGCGUGAUGUCAUAGAGUAGAGAACAAGAAACCAAGAUAGCCCAGUGAAGGCCGCAGCUGGAACCUUUAAGUGAUUUUUUUUUCUAGGAGAGUGAGAGAAGGGACGGAAGUCAGGGGUGGACACGUGAGAGUGGGAGAGGUCAAGAAUGGCGGCACUGGCCAUCGCUCUGGCCGGCGUCCUCCUCGCGCUUGCGGCGGUGGCGGAAGCCGACACCGACGCCGCCGAUGUUGCGGCCUUGGGGAAUCUCUACACCUCCUGGAACAGCCCGCCGCAGCUCACCGGAUGGUCGGCCGACGGCGGCGACCCCUGCGGGGCCGCGUGGAAGGGCGUCUCCUGCUCGGGCUCCGUUGUCACCUCAAUCAAGGUUUCUGGUAUGGGGCUGAAUGGUACUCUUGGUUACCAGUUGUCAAGUCUACAGGCAUUGAAAACAAUGGACUUAAGUAACAACAACUUGCAUGAUUCAAUUCCUUACCAGUUGCCAGCAAACCUUAGCUAUCUGAAUUUGGCGAGAAAUAACUUCUCUAGUAAUCUGCCGUACUUUAUAUCCAACAUGGUUUCACUUGACUACCUCAAUCUCAGCCACAACUCACUAUUUCAGGAAAUUGGUGAACUAUUUGGAAACCUCAAUUCACUUUCAGAACUAGAUAUAUCUUUCAACAACCUGACGGGGAAUCUUCCGAUUUCUAUGAGCUCUCUGUCAAAACUUUCUAGCCUUUAUAUGCAAAAUAAUCAACUAUCAGGCACAGUUAAUGUCCUCAGCAACCUAAGUCUUGCUACACUAAAUAUUGCAAACAACAAUUUCAGCGGCAUGAUACCACAAGAAUUCAGCUCCAUUUCGAAUUUGAUAGUUGGCGGAAACUCAUUUGUCAAUAUGCCUGCCUCCCCACCACCAACUCUCAUGCCACCUCUGGAGAAUCCACGUGAUCAGCCAAACUAUCCUCAGGGGCCUAUAAGUGCUCCUAUUGAUCUAGACGACAAGAAGCAAGGUCUGCAAACAGGUUCACUUAUAGGGAUAGCUGUUUGCUCAAUAGCUGCUGCCUCAUGUGUACUUUUCGUGCUGGUAUUCUGCCUUCACAAUACCCGAAAAAGAAAUGAUAAUGGGAGCAGUGAACCAAAAGAUAUUAUAGGUUCUCUUGCAGUAAACAUAGAGAGAGCAUCUAAUCAGGAAAUCCAUAACAACAACCAUGGGAAUGCUGUUCUAGCAACUUCAGUUCUCCAACCUACUGGAAAAAUGACUCCGGAGAGAGUACAUGGUACAAAUGUUUCUAUUGCAAAAAAGACAAAGGUUCCUGUGACAGCAACUUCAUAUACUGUUGCUGCUCUCCAAGUUGCUACGAAUAGCUUUUGUCAAGACUCUCUCCUAGGCGAGGGUUCACUUGGCCGUGUUUACAAGGCUGAUUUUCCCGAUGGGAAGGUACUUGCUGUGAAGAAGAUAGACAGCGCUGCACUUUCCUUGUAUGAAGAAGAUAACUUUCUCGAGGUUGCCUCAAACAUCUCACGACUCAGACACCCGAACAUUGUGCUGCUUACAGGCUAUUGUGUUGAACAUGGGCAAAGGCUUCUUGUAUAUGAGUACAUCGGAAAUGGAACACUGCAUGAUAUAUUGCACUAUUGUGAUGAAGCAAGCAAGAAACUUACAUGGACGACCCGUGUGAAGAUUGCACUAGGCACUGCUCGGGCUUUAGAGUACCUGCAUGAGGUGUGCCUGCCUCCUCUUGUACAUAGAAAUUUCAAGUCAUCAAAUAUUCUUCUUGAUGAAGAGUACAGUCCACAUCUGUCUGACUGUGGGCUUGCUGCCCUGUCACCAAAUCCUGAGAGAGAGGUUUCAUCUGAGGUGGUUGGCUCUUUUGGAUAUAGUGCCCCCGAGUUUGCCAUGUCAGGAACAUAUACUGUAAAGAGUGAUGUGUACAGUUUUGGAGUAGUGAUGUUAGAGCUAUUGACAGGCCGUAAGCCAUUAGAUAGCUCCAGAGAGAGGUCAGAACAGUCUCUUGUCAGAUGGGCUACUCCGCAGCUUCACGAUAUUGAUUUACUUGCCAAGAUGGUCGAUCCAGCGAUGGAUGGGUUGUACCCUGCAAAAUCGCUCUCCCGGUUCGCUGACAUAAUUGCAAUCUGUGUCCAGCCGGAACCGGAGUUCCGUCCACCUAUGUCCGAAGUUGUCCAGCAGCUCGUGCGCCUGAUGCAGAGGGCUAGCAUAAUAAGGCGACACUCAGAUGAUCUGGGAUUCUCGUACAGGGUCCCCGAGCGCGAAGGAGGAGCCGGCGACAUCUUCUGAGACCAAAGUUCCUUUCAGCUAUACUACAAGUGAUGCACAGUUUGAACGGAAGAAAAGCCUUAUUACCACAGGAUCCCCAGCAGUUGGAUCAGGCCACCUUUGAGUGCUGAAUUGUUCAGUUUCAUCCUGUCUUCUUCUCCCUCUGGUGUUUUUUCAGCUGGCUCAGUUUUAUCUUAUCUUGAACCGUAGCGGGACUUGUGAGUUGUGAAUGCCAUCUACAUCGUUGUUGUCAUCGAUUGAUAAAUAUAUAGGGAAAAGAAA